AUGGUGCUGACGUGCGCCAAUCCGGCGUGCACCCGCGGGGACACCCCCAUGUGGCGCAAGGGAUGGACCCGACCGGGUGAGACCGACCCCGUCACCCUGUGCAACGCGUGCGGCAUCCUCUACAAGCGCGGCUGGUUCUGCGUGCACUGCGAGGAGGUGUACCGAAAGGUGGAGGGCGCCGACGACGACGCCGCGGGGCCCUCCGGACCGUGGAUCGGAUGCGACCACUGCGAACGAUGGUCGCACCUCUCGUGCGAGCUGGCGCGCGCUCCCGACGCCGUGCGCGGUUCCAAGUCGGUCGACGACGACGACGACGACGCCGACGACGACGCCCCUCCCGAAAAAGGCGGCGCGAGGUCCGGCGGACUCGAGGACUCGAAGCCGUCGCCGUCCCCGUCCCCGCCGUCGCCGGCUGUGUCGCCGCCUUUGCCGACGGUGUUUGACGCGGAGCUCGCGCCAGAGCCGUACCGGUGCCCGGAGUGCCGGGGAAAGGACCCCGCGUCCCUACCCCCGCCGCGCGCCGUCUCAUCGCACGCGUCGCAGACGUCCGUCGCCGCGGGGGCGCACGUGGCGGAGGGCAGGGUCGUGCACAACCGACCGUUUCUUCGAUCGGGCGACCGACGCGGCGGCGGAGGAGGAGGAGGCGGGGGAGGCGGGGGAGGGGGAGGUUCCGGGUGCAGAUCCGCGGUCGGUGCCGACGGGGACGCCGCGGUCGGCGGCGGCGGCGGCGGCGCGAUCCCCAAGGGGAAACGUUCGCGGGGGGGCGCGCGCAAACCCGCCGUCAGGUACGACCCCGGCGCCGGCGCCGGGGGUCGGCUUCCUCGCCGGCUUCCGAAGUCACCGGCGACGGGCACCGCCGCCAACAAACGAAUCGGGCGGUCGUACGCCCUCGGAAAGCGCAAACUCCCGCCGCCGCCGCCGCCGCCGCCGCCGCCGUCAUCCUCCCCGCUCGUGCGCCUUUACGACCGCGAGCCGACGACCUUCGUUCCCGUGGGCGACUCCCCGCUUCUCGCGUCGUCGUCGUCGCUGUUCCGCGACGGGGGUGCCCUGUCGCCCACGUGCCCGUCGAUGUCGUUGGCGUCGUUGGGGUUUGUCGGCGGCGGCGACGGCGAUGGUGCGGCGGCGGAUCGAUGGGCGUCGCGGGUGGCGUCCGUGGCGGCCGACGCGGAGCGACGGCGCGGGUAUGGGCACGGGAGCCAUAUCGGGGAGCCGUAUCGUGUCCAUAUCCCCGGCGCCCAUAUCCCGAUUGGCGGCGGGGGUAUGGGCACGCCCUCCGGCCUUUCCUUGCUUCGCGACCGGGACGUCCCGAUGUCGUCGCCCGCUCCCCCGGUUUCGGUUUCGCCCCGGGACGGGAGCAUCUUCACCGUCGAGAACCUCACGGGCGGCGGCGGCAUGAGGAAUUCGCAUAAGGAAUUCAUCCCCCCCCGCUCGUCACCGGCCUCGUAUACCUCGGCGGCGGCGACGCGCGCGUUCAUCGCCGCGCGCGACUGGGCCGACCCCGGCGCCGUCGACCCUCGCGCGCCCCACUACCGCUUCCUGGAAGACGAAGAAGCCGCGGCUCCCGCUCCGUUCGGCGGCGUCUCCCCGGAGUUUGGGAGCUCAUCCGCGCUCGACAACCUCGCGCCCCCCCUCGGGACCUGCUCCGACGGGCUCCACUGCCACCCUCCUUCCACCGCGGGGAUGGGGAUGCCGAUCACCCCCGCGCUCCUCGAGCCGCGGGGGGGUCUCCUCGGCGGCGCCGCGGAGACGGAACCUCCCACGUGGAGGCGGGGGGCGGGAAGCCGACUCAACUUCGACGGCGUCGCCGGGACCAUCGCCACCAUCGUCGGGGCCACCAUCGUCAGGGACACGUACGGCGAGGACGACCUGAUGGAACCGGACGACGUGGAGGUCUCCGGCGUGAACGGCGAACGCUUCGAGGACCUUCGAGAGGCUGCGAGGCUCCUCGGCAGGCGCGCCGCGAUGGAGGGUCUGUCGACUGGUUCGGCGGUGCUCUCGACUUCGCCCCCGGAUUCAUCGGGCUCCGGGGGACGCAACGAGCCCCCCGUGUGCUCUCCUCCUCUUCCCCAGGACAUAACACUGCACGGCGCAACGGGCCCCCCGCCUGACGAGGCGUGCACGUGCGACGUCUUGGCGCACCUCUCCCUGGCGUCGUCGGCGACUCGGGAGUUGGUUCGGCGGACCAAAGUGGCGGGGCCGGUGGCGGCGCUGCUUCACGGGAGCGCGAGCGCGGCGGUGCGUGAGGCGGCGGCGCGGCUCGCGUGUUCCCCCGCGUGGCGCGACGCGAUCGCGGAAGAAGCCGGGAGGACGGACGAUGCGGGGGGUUUGGGUUUGGGGGGAUCGGCGCGCGCGGUGGAAUCGUCGGUUCGUCGGGGCGGGGGUACCGGCGGGGGCGAUCCCGGGGCGGGGUCCCGUUUCUUCAAAGUUGCGGGGUUUGAUCGAGGGUUGGACGACGGGGACGGGGAUGGGGACGACGGGGACGAUGGGGACGAUGGGGAUUGGGAGGACGGGGACGGGGACGGGGAGAACAAGUCGGCACCACUGGAGCGAACCGGGAGCGUGCUCUCGGCGAGUCGGUUGGAGCCCAGGCCCGCGGGGAGCGGCGGGAUAGAGGGCCGUGAGCUCCGCAACAGCGUGAUGUGA